CUAUACUCAAAAUAGAGAUAAAACAACCGGACCACUAACUGAAAAUCAAAAUCUAGAUAGAGAAAUGAAACUACCGUGUCUGUACAGUUCGGCCCCUCCAGUUUUUCCAGUUCCGGCAACCGGUUCAGAUCUCGACUGCCCAAUUUUCUCUAAUUUUACUGUAAUAUCCUCACGUCGUCGUUUACCUCGUUUGAUAGUUAAUUCCAGAGGUAGAAGCGGAGAAGAUCCUCUCCUUCCGGUUCUCUCCAGUUCCUCAGCUUACGCCGUCCUCGGCGUCGACCCUAACUGCUCUGCCGUCGAGCUCAAAGCUGCUUUCCGUGCCAAAGUUAAGCGGUAUCAUCCCGAUGUAAACAAAGACGGAGGAGAUUCUGAUAAUAUGAUCCGCCGUGUAAUCCAGGCCUAUGAGAUCUUGUCCAAUUACAGCCGGUCGGAGAUCAUCGAGAGGGAAUGCUUAGAUCCUUUCGACCACCCCGAAAGCGAAGCAUUAGAUGUUUUUGUUAAUGAAGUUCUUUGCGUCGGCAAAGGUUGCCCAUAUUCAUGUGUAAAGAGAGCCCCUCAUGCAUUCGCAUACGACCCUUCGACUGGAACCGCUCGUGCAACUACUCAAGGACAUGGUGAAGAUUAUCAAGUUCAGCUGGCAGUUGGUCAGUGUCCGAGAAGUUGCAUCCAUUUUGUGACACCUUCACAAAGAAUCAUUCUGGAGGAGUUACUUGAUAGCAUCCUGGACGUGCCUUUUGACAUUUCAGCGGAAGCAGACUUGCUUUAUUCUCUUAUAGUUAAAGCCAGGUUCGAAAAUAAUAGGUACCAAAAGCCAAAGAAGCAACCGAAAACUUCUACCAAAAACGUUGAUUGGUUUUGAACUGAGUGGAUCGAAAAAAUGUUCGAGAUCCUCCAGAGCCACAUGCAACCAACAACGUUUCCGCUCGCACCGAUGGAAGUACAGCACAUAACAUAUGCGCAUAUGCAGUCGAUAGUUUCGUUUGCGAUUCUUUGGAGAGAGGUGACUGAACAGAAGAAUAUGUCUGCAACAUAUUCACACACAAGCAUAAUGAUAAGAUUCUCUAAACAUAUCUGAUUUCAGGUAACAUAUGCAGAUUGUAUCAUUAGAUUUACAGAUUCUAGCAGAAGGAAGGUUGAAUUUAUAUUGUAUCAUGAAGUUUUUCUUAUCACCUUACAAUGCAAUAUACACGUUAGAAGAA